AUGGCGGAAAAGAGAGGAGAAGUGGAUAGGGGGACACUGGGCUGUCGACUAGAGACUGGUCACCGAGACCUGGCAGAUGAGGAAGUAGUUGCUCCUUCGGUGACCGAUUUCAGCGAAUCGAACUACAUAAAUCCAAGCAGACUUGCAAAUGAGAACAUGAAAAAUAGCGAAACACCACACACGCUUACAAUAAAAGUACGGUCAGAGAGUGCCACAGGGACCUCAGUCGGAAAUCAUGGAGGCUCAGGGCCGAUUUUGACGUCUAGAGCCACCAUCUCGACGGUUUCCUUUGCACCGAUCACCCAUUCAGGAGAAGCGACGAACUCGUCAACAAAGAGGAGUCAUUCUAGACCGCAGGGUAUAAAGAAUGCCAGCAUUCAGACUACGCGAAUCGCGUUUCUGGUGUGCGCCGUGUUCGUCAUAUCUUGGCUGCCGCCAUGGAUAUGCUUCUUCUUGGCAACAAAGCCAUCAUUUCUGGCGAAUCCAACGGUCGUGCGAUUUAUGCUUUUCGGAAAAAUGACUUAUCUACUCAACACAGUGGUCAAUCCUUUCGUCUACCCCUGGUUUAACAGAAAGUUUAGACAGCAACUCAAUGAACUGUUCCGGUGUAAUAAAAAAUGA